UGAUCUAAUUCAACCGGAGAAACAAACCAAACCACAAAACUCGUCUCUCUCGCUGGUUCUUCCGCUCCCUCUCCUCAGAUCUCGCUUUCUCAUCGCCGCUAUCAAAUUCAGGCGAAAAGGAUUAGUUUAUUUUGAUAAAUUGAGAGAAUGCCUCCUCAAAAGAUUGAGACUGGUCAUGAGGAUACAAUUCAUGAUGUGGUGAUGGAUUAUUUCGGUAAGCGGAUCGCGACGGCUUCGUCGGACCACUCGAUUAGAAUUAUCGGGGUUGGUAAUAAUACCUCUCAGCAGCUUGCGAAACUAACUGGUCAUGUUGGACCUGUUUGGCAAUUAGCUUGGGCGCACCCGAAGUUCGGGUCUUUGCUCGCUUCGUGUUCUUACGAUGGUCGUAUUAUAAUUUGGAAGGAGAGUGCUCAGCAUGAGUGGACUCAGGCUCAUGUUUUUGAUAAUCAUAAAUCUUCAGUUAAUUCAAUUGCUUGGGCGCCUCAUGAAGUUGGUCUUUGUUUGGCGUGUGGUUCUUCGGAUGGAGAUAUUUCGGUCUUUACUGCUCAAGCUGAUGGGAGCUGGGAUACGGCGAAGAUUGGUCAAGCUCACCCCGUUGGGGUAACGUCAGUUUCGUGGGCUCCAUCAACUGCUCCCGGUGCUCUUGUUGGUUCUGGUUUGCUCGACCCUGUUCAGAAGCUAUGCUCAGGUGGUUGUGACAAUACUGUGAAAGUGUGGAAGCUUUAUAAUGGGAGCUGGAAGAUGGAUUGCUUUCCCGCUCUUCAAAUGCAUACAGAUUGGGUGAGGGAUGUUGCGUGGGCACCCAACUUGGGUCUUCCAAAAUCGACUAUUUCCAGUGCAUCUCAGGAUGGGAAAGUUAUUAUAUGGACCGUCGUAAAAGACGGGGAUCAGUGGGAAGGUAAGGUCUUGCAUGAUUUCAAGUCCCCUGUUUGGAGAGUCUCGUGGUCUCUCACCGGAAACAUCUUGGCUGUUGCUGAGGGGACUAACAAUGUGACGUUAUGGAAAGAAGCUGUAGAUGGGGAAUGGCAACAGGUGACAACAGUUGAUCCCUAAACCUGAAGUGCUUAAAUUUUUAACUUUCUAUACUUCAUUAUAUUAUGAGAUUUGUUUUUCUCUUAUGUUAUCCAUAUUUGGAGUGUUUAUUUCUUAGACGUUUUAUGGAUAAACAUUUUGGAUUUUAGAUGUCGUGUAGUUUGCAAUUGAAAAUCCAUUUAAUUAUGUGAAUUCAUUGGACUUUCUGUGUCA